UUGGUUAGCGACUUCUGAAAUCCAUCGGUUGCGUCGCGAGUCGUACAGUCGCGUGUGCCACGAGGGAUGCCAUUUCGAGUGCCGUCAGCGUGACCUUACCUCUGGCGACGAUGACCUCUCGCAGAAUUGUGCCUCGAUCGCUGAUCCUCUGGCUGCUGGUACUUUCCGUGUGCUGUUGCAUCGGUGAGAAAUUGUCUCCGGAUCAGAAGGCGCCUCUGUUCGCUCGUGGCUCGGGGGGGUUGAUCCUGAACACGCCGUUCGAGGACAACAAAGCCAGGAAAAGUCCAGUGGCGAGCGCAAACGUUAACGUGAACGCGAACGCGGAGGACGGUGUGCAGAGAGAGGAAACAGAGAUGCUGAAAGAAGUGGACGGUGAACUGGUGCGAAUUGUGAAGGGAAGCUUCUCUUACAACAGCCCCGAGGGUCUUCCGAUUUCCGUAAAGUAUGAAGCCGACGAGAACGGGAACAGAGCCAGUUUCAAGUUUGGCACUGGCGGAGGGACCGGUUCGGGGACUUCGGGUCGUCCCUCGGGCCCGAAAGGAGGAAACGCCGGUAAUCGCGGAGGUCAAACCGGUCAAGGACCUAAAAAAGGAUCGAAGAGCGACUCGUAUCUGCCGCCGAAGGAUGUCGACAGAAGCUAUCUUCCGCCGCAAUAGGAUUGUCUAUUCCAUUCAAGCGAGUUCUCGAUUAUCAGUCGUUUUGGAGAAUCGUACUCACUGAACUCGUACCGAACUUCUCCAUCGACUGGCGGCCGACAAUUGUAAACCUUUCUCUCCGUCACUCCCGCACGCCUGCCAAAGCUUUCGAAGCGCUUCGACGAUUCGCUCGAAAGUAAUUUUACUCGUGAAUUAAUUCGUUAGUAAACGCCUCAACGCAAUGACUUUUAUAACGUAAGAAAUAAAAUAUAUUUUUUCACAGA